AUGGCGCACUGCACGUCGCGCCGACGCUCCACCCGCUGCGGCGCGCAGGGACGUGGUGGGCGGCACGAGGCGGCCGCGCUGGGCGGCGUGCAGCUCGGGCAGCCCGGGGCGCUCUGGGCUGGGUCGGCACCCGAUGGAGCGUCUCACGACAGCUGCAGCCCUGCUGACGGCCCCCAGGAUCCAGCCGCAAAGCAGCAGCAGGGCCCGCCCACGCCCGGCCCGGCGGCGCGAGUGCCGCUGGCGGCGUCUGCCAGCACCGACCUUGGUGCGGGCGGCGGCGAAAAGGCGGACUGGCAGCGGCAGCAGCAGCAGCAGCAGCAGCAGCAGCAGCAUGCGCCCGCGGCGCUGUGCAGCAGUGACGACCCGAUCGUCGACAUUGCCAUCCGCCCGGGCGCACCGGUCCAGGGGCGCCUCUCCAGCUUCCAGGGCUGCGAUUUCGGCCCUCUUCCCGGCUCCCUCGGCGCGCACGAUGGCAGGGUUGGCAGCGGCGCCGGCUUGAGUGGAGGCGGCCUGCCGGGGGGUUCCCUGCCACUGCCGCUGCCGUCAUCCGUGGGGCCCGCUGGCGCGGCGCUUCAGGCGAUGCAGCUGCCUCCUGGGCUGUUUAUGGGCAGCAGCAUCCUGCCGCCUGCUGGGGUGUUUGACCCUUCCAUCAACCCUGCCGCAUCAGCCAAAGCGCAGCAGCUGCAGCUGCACGCCCUGCAGAUGCAGGCAGCACUCCUGCAGCAGCAGCAGCAGCAGCAGCAGCAGCAGCAGCAGCAGCAGCAGCAGCAGCAGCAGCAGCAGCAGCAGCAGCAGCAGCAGCAGCAGCAGCAGCAGCAGAAGCAGCAGCAGCAGCAACAGCAGCAGCAGUGGCUGCAACAGGGAGUGCUGCUGCUGCAGGGGCAGAGCCAGCUUAGUGGUAGUCCGCAGGCAGCGAACCUGCCGCACACCUCGUUGCAGCAGCAGCAACAGCCGCAGCACCACCACCACCACCACCAGCAGCAGCAGACGCAACAGCAAUCGCAGCAGCAGCAGCAGCAGCAGCAGCAGCAGCAGCAGCAGCAGCAUCAGCAGCGGCGGCAGCGGCAGCAGCAGCAGCAGCAACAGUUGAGCAGGGACCAUCAGGCAGGCGCGGCGCAGCAGGGGGGCCAACAAACCAUGGCUUGGCUGUCUGGCACCUCACCUGCCGCCCCUGCCAACCCUUCGGCGCUGUCCCCCCCGAGCUCGCACGCCGACGGCGCGCCCAGCGCCGCCGCAGCCUCGCCGCCAGCGGCGGCACCAACGCCGCCGCCGCACCACCAGCAGCAGGCGGCCCCGCUGCAAGUGCCGCCGGGGCUGGCGCGGGGGCUGCGGCGCGCGCUGUCGCUGACCAGCCCGGGGAGCCUCCUGGACCUCGCGUCUGCCGCGUCGGUCAGCAGCAGCAGCCACGGCCACCUGCCGUCCCUUCCCUCAGACGCCUCUCUGUCGGACUUGGACGCCCUGCGCUUGUCCUCGGCCUCGUUUGCGGCGGCCCUGGCGGAGGCCGAGGCGAUCCACGCCCGCGUCUCCGCCGCCGCCGCCGCUCCCAACGCCGCGGCGCCGUCCGCGGCCGCGGCAGCCCCCGCCGGCGCCGAGGGCGCAGCAGGGGCGGAGCCGCCGGCCGGGCCCCCAGACAGGGUGGCGGACGCGGGCAAGUUGGGCAGCCGAGACGGCGACGACGGCGAUGACGUUGGGAUGACGUCAUCAUGCCAGCCGGCGGAGGAUGACUACGACCCCAUGGAGCUGACUAAGGUCAAGACGCGACACCUUUGGCUGGGCAACCUGAACUCGCGGCUCCCGCGCAGCGCGCUGCGUCAGGUGUUUGAAGUGCACGGGGCCGUCGAGGACGUCGUCACCUUCCCCGGCCGCAUGUGA